GAGAGUAAAAACUUUGAUUAUGAGGACAAUCAGCCGUUUGAGACACUGAAGGAUGUUUUGGAGAGAAUGGAUGCAAACUGUGGUAUCAAUUUUGAGAUCAAAUAUCCGCAGACAUAUAGCGACGGUCACUGGGAGGCAGAGAAGCCGUUGGAAUUGAAUGAAUACAUAGACAUCAUUGUGAAGGCAUUGUAUGAUAACAUCGGCAACAGAUCCGGAAUCAUAACAUCAUUUCACGUCGACUUGUGCUCAAUGAUACACUUAAAACAAAACAAACUAAGAGCGAUGAGCAGCACUGGGACCCGAAAGCUUAACCUCCAUACGACCCGCGCGGCACUACUGUUCUGUUGGGCGCAUACUUUGCUCAGGGCAUGGGUUUGGAUGGACAAGGAUCUGUUGGCCGACAAUACACUCAUACCGUUUGUUAAGUCACGUGAUCUAUACGUGUACGUAUGGGGCACACAAAUCAAUAGCCAACAGGUCAUCGACCAGUUGGUCAAUAACGGCGCCGACGGACUCAUAUUUGACAAAAUCGACAAACUAUUAUCACAAAGCACUCAAAUCGUAUAA